AUGUCGGAUAUUAUUGAACAAUCGGUUUGUAAAAUUGAUGAACUUCAAAUCAAAGAGAGAAAAGUUGUACGAAUCGAAAAUGUAGGAAUUGUUUUAUAUCGUAAAACGGAAACAGAAAUCAUUGCAUUUGGUAAUAAAUGUUCACAUUAUGGUGCACCUUUAAUCAAUGGUGUUAUUUAUGGUGAUUAUGCAAUAUGUCCAUGGCAUGGUGCUUGUUUUAAUAUUAAUACCGGUGAUAUUGAAGAAUUUCCUGGCUGUAAUAAUAUUCCAACAUUUGAGAUUGAAAUCCGUGAUGAUGAUGUUUAUUUACGUGCAAAAAAAGAACAAUUUAUUAUUUCAUUACCGAAAAUACCUAUUGGUCGUGAAUUAUCCAAUGAACAGACAAUAAUUAUUAUUGGUGGUGGUCCAGCCGGUUUUCAAUGUAUGGAUACAUUACGUAAUGAUUUACGUUUUGAUGGUCGUAUCGUUCUUGUAUCGCAAGAAGAUGCUGUACCAUAUGAUCGUACUAAAUUGAGUAAGAAUCUUGCCUGUAAAUUGGAAAAUAUUGUAUUACGUAAUGAAGAUUAUUAUCAAAAAGCACAGAUUGAAUUAAAAUUAAAAACAAAAUGUGAAAAUCUUGAUACCGAACUACAAAUGGCCUAUCUAUUAAAUGAUAAUGAUGACACUAUUGCCUUACAUUAUGAUAAAAUUUUCAUUGCAACUGGAUCCAGACCACGAAAAUAUCCAUCACAAGUGUUUGAGAAUAAUAAAAAUCUUGAAAAUGUUUUCUAUCUACGUACCUAUCAUGAUGCAAACAAUAUUAAUGACCAAAUAGAAGAUAAAAAUGUUAUACUCAUUGGAUCAUCGUUUAUUGUUAUUGAAAUUGCCUGUUCGAUUAUCAAAUCGGCCAAAACAAUAACAAUCCUUAGCCGUACGGAUGUUCCAUAUGCACGUACAUUAGGCAGACAAAUUGGUCAGGCAAUCAAAGAACUUUUGAUAUCAAAAAAUAUACGAUUCUGUUGUACAGGUACAUCAGAAUUGGAAUUUGAAUUGGAUUCAGAAUCAAAACGAAUAAUUCGUAUUAAAUCCGAAGGAUUACCGGAAUCACUUGAUUGUGAUGUUUGUGUUAUUGGUAUUGGUAGUAUACCGAAUACAGAUUUCUUAAAAGAUUCGCCGGAUAUUCAACUAUCGGAUAAUCAUUGUAUUAUUGUGGAUGAAAAAUUUCAAACAUCCGUAUCGAAUGUUUAUGCUGGUGGUGAUGUUUGUAUGUAUCCGAAUCGUAUAUUCGAUAAUGAAAUGAUGAAUAUUGCACAUUGGCAAACAGCACAAUCACAUGGUCGUCAAGCAUCAUUAGCAAUGAUGAAUCAAUUACCAAUGGAUAAUGAUAAUUCUGGUUUUCGUUCGGUUACAUUUUUCUGGUCAUCUGUAUUCGGUAAAGGUAUACGAUUUGCCGGUAUUAUUGAUGAUCCAGAUAAUUGUUAUAUUGAUGGUGAUCUUAAUGAUUUACAUUUUGCUGCAUAUUAUUUUCGUAAUGAUCGUGUUAUUGGUGUUGCUACAAUUGCACGUGAUCCAUUAGCAUCUGCAUUCGGUGCUUUAUUACGAGAUAAUAAAAUAAUCACCAAACAAGAUAUCGAAUCCGAUCCAAUGGCUUGGUUUGAAAAUAAUUUCUCCUAAUAUUAUCAUUAUUAUGCAAUAUUUGACGA